AUGACGCGUCCAGGAGUUUUCGCUCUGGAUAAAGGUAACCGGAGAUUUUUCACCCUCAACGGAUUGGUUCAUAUCAAGGUAAAUGAACUUUAAUCUUAGACACGGUCAGGAUUUUGACAGAUAGCCUUACUCGUAAUCAUCUUUAUUAUGACGUUUUUCGAAGUUCUCGAGUUCGUCUUUUACAUUUUCUCAGACGAAGUCGCCGAACAAGCGGAUUGGGGAGCUCUUUUCGUUACGGUGAACUCCUGGCGUUUGAAGGCUCAAGAAAAUUUGAAAAAUUUCAGAUGGUUCAAGUUUUCGUCAUUGUCUGCAUGGUUAUUUCAUUGCUCACCGAGAAAAGUCUUUUCUUGGUUCCAUAUAUCUUAUCGAUGGUGCAUCGCUUUUAACAUGAAUGAUUUUAUAGCCAAAUCUUCCCAAUUUGAAAGGCGAAAUUGGUUGAUUGGCAAGUGUGAAGCGUUGCGUACGCGAAGCGGCUGUUGGCGGGGGACUAGAGGUCAAAUACGGGCUACCUUUUUUUCUUCUUCUCUAAUUAUUUUUUUAAAUGAAUUAUAAUUUUUUUAUUAAUUUGAAAGGAUUCACUUGAACGAAUAAGAGCAUUAAAAAAAUGAGAAAAAGUAUUUUUUUACAUUUUUUUCUUGAUUGCGUAUGACCUUGAGCUCCCGUCAAAAGCCGCGUCGCAUACGCAACGCCUAAUCCUGCCAAUCUACCCGUCUCGCCGUUAAAGUCGGGAAAAAAAUGAACCAUAUUAGGUUCAUUUUUUUCUUCAAAAAGUUUUUGAAAACUGUAAUCGACAAAAAUGUAAUGUUUUUUUAGUUUCUCGCAUUGACGACUUUGGGAAUCGCGACUUUCAAAAAUAGUUGCAAUGAUUAUUUAUCCCUAUUCCGAGGCUGCUAUGGAAACUUUGGGCGAAGGAGGAACAUUCCUCGAACGAGAAAAAUUUUGUCAGUUAUAAAUAACUCGAAAUUUUGCUUACUUCGUAAAUUUUUUAGUCUGUAUAGCUCUGGCUUUUCUGGCCGCAAUAACAACAGUAUUUGCUUGGGGACUUCAUAUUGGACUUGUUUGCUACCAGUACUUCGAAAGUAGAACAAAUGAGAGGAAAACACGGGAAAGUGCACAAAACGCCAACAAGGUAAGAACGAAAAACUUUUUUCUUCAUUUUCAGUUAGUAUUAAUCUUGAAUCAACAAAAUCAGAACGGAAGAGUUUUUGGAAACAGAAAAAAUGAGGAAACUUUGCAAGACUUUUCUUUCAAUUCGCAAGAUUGUAGGUCGAAAAUAACCCCACAGUCAAACAUUUUUGGAAAAUCAUUUUUCGGAGAUGAACAUUUUUUCGAACCUCAGAGAUCUUGAAGUAGAUUUUCACGAAGUUCCAACAAAUUUUUUCAUUAACCACCGAAAAAUCUUCUCCUCUUUUAUCUAGAUUAUCACUACCAUUUCAAAUCCUGUUUAAAAGAAAUUUUUCGAUCCAUUUAUAUUCAGCGACCACCACUCGUGCUUCCUGAAAUGGCUGACCAGCGCACCAGGGAAUCACCGAAUAUGGUCCCGAACUCAAUCGUAAACAAGAACUUUUCGCUUUCUGAUGAUGAAGACGACGAUGUGUUUGAGAAGAAAAACGGCCCUGAACUGGUUUAGAAUUUCCACAAAAAGUCAUCGACUUUUGUUGAAUAUUUAUUGAUUGUAUGAAAAGAUUUUGCCAAUUUUUUUUUGCCAAUUUUUUGAAUAAACUUUUUUUUUUGAUUUUUGUCAAACAUUUAUGGUAUGUUGUAAGGAGAAAGAUUAAUCUAAAGCCAUGCUUACAGGGUUGAAAAACUAGUUGAAACGUCUUUUUUGGUCUUCAAUUCCGAAAUGUCGUAUUAACUCCAGCAUUAACAAAAUACUUCAAUCUGAAAAUUCCACAAUCGGAGAAAAGUGGUCAGUUGUAUAAACCCAAGAAGUUCGUCCCCGAUUCUAGCGUUGAAGGUACCGCUGUAUAAAACCUCUGCAAAACAAUCAAAAAAAAAUGUUGAAUGUUUCUUUUUCUCUGUUUUGUGGCUGAAACAAGUGAAUUACGUGAACAGGUUGGGAAAAAAACUUCGAGACAACGGCGCAAAGCCAAAGAAUCCGGCUGACCCGAAUUGUGGGGGUCGUUCGCCGCGCCGCCCUUUCUCCUUACUUUCACGUGGAACGUGACGUCCGAAGAAUGUCCCACGACGAUGCUGCUAAAUACUGUGAGUCCUUUUUGAUUGAAAUAAGCGUGAGAAAAAGAGGAGAAUGUAUAGGGACAACUGUCAUUAUGAAAGUCCAUGUAGUGCGCCACUUUUAUAUUUUUCACUUUGGGUAAUUCUGACAGAAAAAAGGCCCAAGAAAUUGGUGAACCCUCACUUUGAGGCCUUUUGGUUUCAGAUCACCAAAAAUAUUAUUACCCUUUUUCAUUCUUGCAAAGAUAUAAAACUUGAAGUGUGUGGGCUUCUUUUUGCAAAUAAAAAAAGGUUUUUCUAGUUUCGAAGCGCUGUAUAACUUAAUAAAGAGCAAAAAAUUUCCCGCCAUCUGAAAAAUAAAUUUUUUUAUAAAAAAAUUGAACGCAUCAAAAAUUAACUUCAUUAUUGAAAUAUUCCUCCGCGAUGAAAUUUCAAUUUUUCUUGAAAAAGAGAUCAGCGUAAUCGUCUUUUUCUUUGAAUCUCAGGCAAUUUCCUUCUUAAUCAUUUUUUUUCAGUGGUUCUUGUGACUGGCGCGUCAGGGUUUAUCGGGAGUCAUUGUGUCCAACAACUUAUCGAAAAAGGCUACAAAGUACGAGGAACCGUCCGAAGCCUUUCGAAUAAACAAAAAGUGAGAAAUUUCGACUGAUUCGAUCAAUUAGUUCAGUCUUUUACAGGUUGAUCCCAUCAAACAACUUGACACGAAAGGACUUUUGGAACUGGUGGAAGCAGACCUCUUGAAAGAGAGUUCUUGGAAAAGGUUAGGAAAUUAAAAAAAUCAUUGAUCAGUUGAAAUUUGUUUUUUUUUCUAAAAUGGGAACCAAAAAAUCUCAAAAACUUUCAAAACUUAUUUUUAUUGAAAGUUGAUUCAGCGCUGUCGAUGGCUGUGACUUUGUUCUUCAUGUCGCCUCCCCUUUCCCUAUAGUUGCAGAUGAAAAAUGCAUCACAACAGCUAUCAAUGUAAGUUUUUCUCAGUUAUAUUUUUUGGUGCUCGAAAAGGUACUGAAUCGUGGGAAAUAUGUCAGUUUUACUGCAUUAGGAAAGCGCUUCAAAUGAAAAUAAGAAUAUUUCUUUGGUCAAAAUUUCAGGUCAAAAUGAUUUUUUUUACAAAGUUACGGGCGAAAUACCAUAAAGAUACUCACCCACUUCCUCUACUGUAGAAUGAUAAUAGUUACCUCUUGAAUAAAAAAAAUCUUCCAAGCUUGAUGUAGAUAUGAAAAGUUUUUAGGGUACUUUAAACGUUUUACGAGCAGUGGCUGGAAACAGGAAUGUGAAAAAAGUGGUUCUAACGAGCAGCUGCGCAGCUGUCAAUGGUUCGGCAGUCAUAAUUUAUGAAGUGAACUUCAUUUUCCAGAGGGACACUCUGCGGAUAAAGUAUUUGAUGAAACAUCUUGGACAAAUGUUGACGAUCCUCGUGUCGACUGCUACGCCAAAAGCAAAACUUUGGCUGAAAAAGCAGCUUGGGAUUUCAUGAAGGAAGCUCCGCGCAGGUUUGAAGUUCAAACAACGAAUUAAAAAAAACUUCAAAACUCCAAAACCAAUACUAGUUUUCAGUUUUUCGUUGACUACAAUCAACCCAACUCUCGUUUUCGGACCUGCCUACAUAACAGAACAAGGGUCGAGUAUUUCGGUGAGGCUUCUCAAAUCGGAUAGUUUCCAAAAUUUUUAAUUAAAAAGUGGUGAACUUAAGUUUGUUAAAUCAUGUCUUGCAGUUGAUGCGCAGAUUCAUGAGUGCAGAAAUGCCGGCGUGUCCUCCUCUGAACUUGGCCACAGUCGAUGUCAGGGACGUAACUCUCGCUCACAUCAACGCCAUGAGAAUCCCAGAAUCAGAUGGGCAGCGCAUUCUAGUGAGCGUCAAGAUUUUCGCUAAGAACUUGAAGUUCAUUUUAUCUUUUUUUCUACAGAAGACUUACACAAACUUCAAAUUUUUUUAUUGGAUUUCUCUUUUUCAAAAACUUUCCAUAUUUAAUAAUUUUUUUACGUUCCUCUUUCUGAUCGUUCGGUUUAGAAAUUUCAGAAAGUUUUUUUUUGCACCGGUCUUUGAAAAAAACUUUUGAACUUCGUUUAUUAUAACAGGGUGUAUGAACUCACUAAAUUUAAAGAUUUCCCUGAUCUACAAAAAAUUUUACAGUGAUGUCAAUAAUGAAUAGAGUUUUGAGUAAUAAUUUGUUUCAGGUGACAAACAUCCCGUCGGUUUGGUUUUUGGACAUCGGAAGAACGCUCAAUCAGGAAUUUAAAGGCCAAGGUCAGUUUCUUGAACUUCUACCUAAAAGAGAAAUUGUCAAGAGGGCUAAAUAGUAUUUUUUUUUUCACGUUUUCGAAAUUUCUUUUGAGAUGAAGUUUCAUGAAGCAGAUUCAUCUUUUCAGGCUAUUGGAUCCCCAGAAUUCAAGCCCCGUAUAUAAUCGUUUGGUUGUUUUCGUUUUUCGACAAAGAAGCUGCCGCAACUCUCCCUCGAUUGUGCCAAAAAGUCAAAUUUGACAACACAAAGGUUUCUUCAUUAUUCUUUGAAACUGGCAAAUAGAAAGAAUACUUAAGAUGAAAACUCUGCUGGGAAUAACACCGCGGGACACGCAUCAAGCUUUCAUCGACAUGGCCCAUUCUCUCAUCAAGCUGGGAAUAGUUCGAAAGCCUCGAAUUCGCUGCAUCUUCUAA